AAUCUUGACGAGGGUGCUUCUCUUGAAGCUGAAUGGAAUGCAAGGUUUGCAGAAUAUGAAAAGAAAUACCACCAGGAGGCUGUCGAGCUAAAUAGCAUAAUAUCAAGGAAGCUUCCGGCUGGGUGGGAAGAUGCUUUUUUGAAAUAUACCCCUGAAAGUCCUGCUGAUGCUACAAGGAACCUAUCUCAACAAUGCUUGAAUGCUCUUGCUAAAGUAAUACCUGGAUUUCUUGGAGGCAGUGCUGAUCUUACAUCAUCAAAUAUGACAUUGCUAAAGAUGUUUGGUGAUUUCCGGAAGAACACCCCUGAAGAGCGAAACAUCCGUUUUGGCGUUAGAGAGCAUGCAAUGGGCGCCGUUUGCAAUGGCAUUGUUGUGCACAGCCCUGGCCUGAUACCUUACUGUUCGACAUUCUUUGUGUUCACUUACUACAUGAGAGCUCCUAUACGGCAUUAUCUGAAUUUUGUGAUGACUCAUGAUUCCAUUGGACUUGGAGAAGAUGGGCCGACACAUCAACCGGUUGAGCACCUCCGAGCAAUGCGAGGCAUAUUAAUGCUCCAACCAGCUGAUGUAACCGAGACUUCUGGCUCUUAUAGGAUCGCGGUUAUCAACAGGAAAAAGCCCUCCAUCCUUGCACUCUCUCGACAGAAACUCUCUCAGGUGGAAGGAACUUCGGUUGAAGGCGUUGCAAAGGGAGGCUACGCCAUUUCUGACAAUUCAUCGGGAAACAAACCUGACCUCAUCCUAAUCAGCACACGCUCCGAGCUCGAGAUCGCAGCAAAAGCAGCCGAUCAGCUGAGGAAGGAGGGGAAAUCUGUACAGGUUGUCUCGCUUGUUUGCUGGGAAUUAUUUGAGGAGCAGUCUGAGGAGUACAAGGAGAGUGUCCUACCAAGCGAGGUUACUUCCAGGAUUAGCGUCGAAGCCGGCGUCACACUAGGAUGGGAGAAGUAUAUAGGACAGAAGGGCAAAGUAAUCGGCAUUAACCGUUUCGGUUCAAGUGCUCCUGCUGGAAGAAUAUACAGGGAGCUUGGUUUGACGGUGGAGAAUCUCAUUGCAACAGCCAAAUCACUGUAA